AUGAACAACAUCCAUACACCUCUCAGAUCCGGCCCUUUACUGGGUAUUAGCCUGGACCAAGAUACGUAUAUCCCAGGUGAUAUUAUUACUGGCCAUGUAUAUCGACAAUUUCAUACCAUAAGUCCAGAUGCAUCUUUGAGCAUUUGCAUGUUUGGACGAGGGAGGACAAUAGGAGUUAUUGGCAACAACUCCCAAGAAUAUCGAGGUGUUUUCGACCUCUGCUAUCAUCCAAAGAUCAUCUUCCAGGGACCUUUACAUAUCGAGUCGUCGAAACACAAACACAAAUGGCCAUUUAAUGUCACGCUUCCAAAAUACGUCAAUACUUAUACACCUUUGGGUCCCAUUAGCCAUAGAAUGCCACCAUCGUAUAUGCUUCGAAAGACGAAGAACAUGGCAGCAGUCAUUGAAUAUGUCAUCAAGACCAGACUCACAAUGACUGUUCAAGGUCAGACUGAAGUACUCGAGGCCACCUUUCCCUUCAAAGUCAUAAACAUGACUCCAGAUUCUCCAAUUGCAGACUUUAAAGUUGAACGACAUCGCCAUCAGUGUAUUGUCUCAAGUCACCGGCUUAUUCCUGGGAUGCAAGAUGUGAAGGUCUCCUGGAAAGACAAGAUUAAACAAUCUCUUCAUGGUUCGAAGAAUCCUACAUUGGCGUUUGAUUUGUUUGUUGAAGUACCGAAGGUCGUUCAGCUGGAUAACCCAACACCGAUACCGUUAAGGCUCUUGGUGUCACCGAACUGGGAAGAAACGAGCGAUACAAUUCAAGAUGUAGCACAGGACGUCAAGCUUGUAUCGGUACACGUCUGUAUUAUCACCAUCACGACGAUUAUUUGCCAUGCGGGGUUACAAGUAACAGAAGGCACAGAGAUCGACAUUGGACUCGGUCAGGCUAUUAAGCUGCGCGGCGAAGCAAUACGAAUCCCAUUUACAGCUGAUUGUCAACCCAUCGAUAUCGGAGAAAUGAUCAACCUUCGGAUCGGCCUACAAAGUACAGGAUUUCCUCAACAAUGGACAUCUGUACAGUCCGAGUUUACGCACUCAUUCCAGAUAUACAACGUCCGUGUUUCACAUCAGCUAAAAUGGUCAGUGCAAGGUGAAAUUGCAGGAGAAAGAUUCAAAGAGACAGGAACAUCUGAUUUAUUAGUCCUGAGGCCGAGCGAUGGCCGAGAGCAUAGCGAACAAGAAACGAAUUCACAGGAUGUUGUUUUGGAGGCUGGGGAGAGGAUACCGCUGCGUCAGGAUUCAUCGUGGAUUAGGCCACCUGCUGAAGAACAACUACCGAGCUUUUCUGAUGCGCAGAGAGAAGGAUCACGUGUAGGGAUGGCUCGCAGCUGA